ACUGACGGAGCGCUGCUAUGGCUUAUCCUGGAUACGGUGGGCAAUUUCCACAAUAUGGCUGUGCACCAGGAGGUGCUCCAGGGGCCCCUGGGGGUGCUGGUUACCAACAAUACCAAGCACAAUCAAUGGACCACCUCUAUGGAUAUUUUGCAGGAGUGGCUGGUCAUGAUGGCCAGAUAGACUCUCAGGAGCUCCAGUCAUGUCUUACUCAGGCUGGCAUCAGCGGCAGUUACAAACCAUUCUGUCUGGAGACCUGUAAGCUGAUGAUUUCCAUGCUGGAUUGCGAUUGUUCUGGAACAAUGGGCUUUUCAGAAUUCAAAGAGCUCUGGACAGCGCUCAAUGCCUGGCGCCAGAACUUUGCUACUUUUGAUAGGGAUAGGAGUGGCACCGUUGACCCCCAGGAACUACAACAAGCUAUUUCUUCCAUGGGAUACAGAUUGUCUCCUCAGGGUAUGAAUGCAAUAGUAAAGCGAUACAGCACUGCUGGGAAGAUCUCAUUUGAUGAUUAUGUGGCCUGCUUUGUGAGACUCCGAACUCUCACAGAUGCCUUCAGAAGAAGAGAUGCUUCCCAACAAGGGGUUGUUAAUUUUGCAUAUGAUGAUUUCAUCAUAUGUACCAUGUGCAUCUAGUUGAAACCGGACAGUUGACUUUUUUUUCCUCCAAAAGAACCUAACUCUGCAAUCCAUUCACUGUCUAUUAGCCUGCUCUUUAUAUGCAGUUAUGUAAUACAUAUAUAGAGAAAUAUGCAUGGUUGGUAUGUAUCCAAAUGUUGAUGAUUCCAUUAUGUUUCAUUAAAGCCAAUAUUGUGAAAUUGUUAGCCUUUUAAUAUCUAAUAACACAAUUUUUGUACUAAAUUGUCAAUGGUGAGGAUACUACUUUUGUUAAAUGUUUUACAAGCUUGUAAAAACACCAAAACAAAUAUAGGUUCCAUAAUUUUAUUUCAUUAAAAUACACGAGUUAUACU